AACUAUCAGUUCUGGAACAGUCUGUCAAAGAUGAUGAAGGUGCUAACCACAAACAGAACUCUAUACAUCAUAACGAUGUAAUCUGUAUCUUGAAGUAAACAUGUAUCUAACGCUGUGAUCCUUCCCUCCCACAGAGGAGACAUGGUGCAGAAACAAGUGAUAGCUGUGCCAGACAUGCAGCUCAGCCCUGCCCAGCCCUGCCCCUCUACCUGCUGAGCUACAGCUGCCCCCAAAUUGAUUGUGAAGCUGUUAAUUAAAGUGAAGAAGUUACAUAAUUUUUUUCAAUGUACAUUUUGCUGAUGAUAAGUAUAGAUUUUGAUAGAUUAUAUAUAUGUAUAUAAUGCUCUACAGCACUACAGCCACCUUUGACCUGAUCCACUAUGUUGUAACAAUCAAAUCCACAUCCUCAUUUUCUCUUUCGUCACUGCAACUGUUUUUCUGCACUUGUUCCUUGGUCAUAAAGAGGACGGGUCGCUGGAUCACUGUGAUCACCUUCUGCUGACAGAAGGUGUGUGUCCCCAGAGACCCAAAGAGAAGUAUGUCAGGGCAGGUGAGAUGGUGGCUCUGCAGUGCCCUGGUUACAGAGGGUACGAUCACAGUGAUGGCAGACUGAUCUGGACCAGUCACACCAGCCAGGAGAUGGAUCUGACCGGUGACAUGUCAUCAGCGCAGCAGAUGGAGACGGGCGUUCUGGUUCAUGGAAGGAGUCUUGUGAUUCUUAAUGCCUCUGUAAACCAUCAGGGGAAUUACUCGUGCUCUCAGGGGAAUGCCAGCAGACAGAACUGGUUCAAGCUGAUGGUAUAUACAACACAGACCAGAGAGUAUGAAAAUGAGACAACGUAUCCAGUGACGUGUUACACACUAGAGUCCUGCACAUUGACAUGUCCUGAUGUAAAUAUACCUGCUGAAAACAUCCCGAAUAUUACCAUCAACGGCACUAUAUGGCACAAGGAAGGAGAGUCAUCCCUAACAGCCAGUUACUUCUCGAGUGUGGAGGAGAAUGAUGGAGGUGUCUACACCUGUACCAGAUCUUACCUGUAUCAUGGUCAGAUAUACAACAUGACCUCCACGGUGAAGCUUGAAGUCCAGCCAAAGAAAAUACCUAAGAAACUUGCAGAGAUCACUUCACCGCGCAUGAGUGAGGUGUUUCCUGUAGAUCUCGGCUCAACAGUGGUGAUUGACUGUCAAGCUGUUGCGUGCUCAGAGUUUGAUGAGUUGUUCUGGUUAAUGGACGAUGCAUUUGUGAAGAGGGACAACAGUUCACCAGUUUUCUACAAAUUCAAAGAUGAAAGAGGUCCUGACAAGAUCAAGCUAACAGCAACGCUGGUCUUCAAAAAAGUGUCGAAAGAGGAUCUGUUAAAAAAUUACACCUGUAAGCUGCCAUGUGAGAGCCAACCCUCCAGCUCUGUCUCCAUCAACUUGGUUCAAAAACCUCGCCCUGCUUACGUUCCCCUGGCUCUUGGGAUCGUCUGUGUUGUGGUGGUGAUGGUUUCGACAGUAGUUAUCUACGUGAAGUUCAAGAUAAACAUCACUCUUUUCCUAAGAGACACUCUCGGCUGCCGCAGAAGCACCUCAGAUGGGAAGAGCUACGACGCCUUUUUGAUGUGUUACAAGAGCGACACGGAUGCAGGACUGAAUGACGAUGACAGAAAAUGGCUGGAAAGUGUUAUGGAGGAGGAAUUUAGUUACAGCCUCUGUCUUUUUGAUCGCGACGUCUUACCGGGCAAAGCUGUACAGGAGGCUGUGUUAGACUGCGUGCAGCAGAGCCGGACAGUUGUUUUGGUUCCCACCUCUUCAGACCCCGGUCCAGGAGCUGGCUUUCUCAGUGUUAUCCAUGAAGCCCUUGUGGAGCGACAGACUGACCUGGUCUUCAUCAGAACCGAGGCAACAGAGGUGUGGAGAUCAGGUUCAUUAUCAGAGGCCUUACAGCUCCUCAGCGAGGCUGGAGACUGUGUCACCUGGAAGGGCAUUAGCUCCAUGUCGCUCUCCUCCCCCUUCUGGAAGCAGCUUCGCUAUUACCUACCCGCCCCGCAGAACGCAUCAAAAAUAAGGCUUUUACCUAAAUAGACACUGAAUUCAUUCACAGGGCCAGUGUUGAGGAUUUUGGUGCUAUUUAGGGGUAAGUUUGCAGAUUCCAACCAACUGAACAGCCCUUGUACCAGGUGCUGAAAAAUGUACAAGCCCCUCAGAAGAGCCAGUGUUUGGUUUGUCCAUUGUGGGCCACUGUAGAAACAUUGCCGACUCCAUGGAAGAGGACCCGCUUCCUUUGUAAAUAUAAAAGCCUCAUUCUGAGUUAAUAAAAACAAAAAUAUCUUAGUCUCAGGUAGGUGCUAAUACAGUAAUGAAAUGUUUUAUUCCGUUUCUGCCCCUGAAUCCUACACGUCGGACCCUUAACAUCUUGUUUUCUUGAAUUGCCCAGUAGAAAACUCACCUUGUAUGAGGGAAGCAACUUUUCGUCUCACCUGCAAAAGCAUUUAAUGUAUGAAUGUGACAUCAAAAUGUGAGACUGCUUUUUGUUAUAACAUCAGGCUAUACACUGUUACUACAGGCAUAGUAUUGUUUAAAUGUCAUAUUAAUAAUAGCUUGUAUUGUUUUUACAUACAUCUACAGAACAUUUAGAAAUGUGAAGAAAAAAAGCAUCUGUUUUCCUCUAAAACAUUAUGAGGAGUGUGAAUUAAUAAUUUUACAAUGUGUUGAAAAAAUGUUUACAAAAAGACUGUUUUGUCCUGUUGUUGUGUCGAAAAAUUAUGACAGCAGUAUAAUCCCUUUGCUAUUAUAGUUUUACAGUUUGCACACAGUGCACUGCAGGGCUCUCAAGUUUUGAGAUAUUUUUGUGUUAGGCCAGUACAGUUUUCAGCUAGCUAGCUUCAUCUACGUUUACAUUAGCUAGCAUUAGCAAUGUUAACAUCAAUUUGCUAUGUAGUUGUAUAACACAUUAGCUAACGUAGCAGCAUAAUUUACUUUAGUUUCUAACAUUAGCAACAUUUGCUAGCUUGUGUCACAUUUGCAUUAGCAAAGUUUAUUGAUGUUGAUGUUAGCUUGCAUUAUCAUUGUUGACGUUUGCCUGCUAGCGUGAGCCACGUUGGCUAAGGUAGCAAUGCAUAUACCUUACUUUGCAAUGUAUAUAGUCUUUAUUGUUAGCUAGUAUGCAAAUUGGCUACCACUUGAUGAGGCAGAUGUUUCAAACAACAACAGUGUUUUAGCCUGUAUUUGAAGGCUAUAACUUGAUUUUUUUUGUCUUCAUCAUUAGCCUUUUUUUUUUUUUUUUAACAAGCAAGCUCUGUUCUCUUAUUCAGCCUGAAUCACUAUCUGUACUGACACUGUCAUGCUGCUCUGCUCACUGCAGAAAAGUGCCACUCUGAUGCAAAAUAAUUUAAAGCUGUGCUUCAAAAUAAACUAUCUUCAAUCAUAACCCCUCAGAAAUAUUGUCCAGACUUUGUCAUAAGCCUUUUAAUCCCUGUAAGCUCUGUGUUUUGGUUUUGCUAGC